AAGGUUUCACAUGGAAAAACAAUGUGGUUACUACAUUCACCCACAUUAUCAAGUCCCCACCCAUACCCCAAUGCAGUCACUGUCCAUCAGUGCAGCAAGUUGCCAGAGAUAGAGAUACAUUUUUAAGGUAGAAAUUCAAAGACUAUUGGAUUAGAUGUGGGGGAACAAAGGAAAGAGAAAUAAAGAAUGACUAAAGUUUCUGGAAGUGGGUAGGUAACCGUGUCAUUACUGAGGUGGGAAGACUGGUGGAACAAGCAAGCUUGGUGGGGAAGAAAUAAUUUGGGAUGUUUUGUGAUACUUAAGGGCAGGUAUAGUAUAGGAAGCUGGACAUAGGAGUCUGGAGCUUAGAGGAGACAUGGACUGGACUAGGAGAUUGGAGAAAUCAUCAGCAUUAUAGAUGGAGUUUGGUCCCAUGGGAAGAAUUGAGAUCACCUAGAGAGCAAGUUAAGAGAGGCCCAGAACUCACCAACAUACUGAGGCCAGUCAAGGAGGUGCAGGCAGGGAGGGAGGAGAAACACAAGAGUGAGGUGUCACGGGAACCAAGAGGAGAAUGUUCAAGAAGGAUCUAGUGGCUAGCUACAUCUAUUUCUACCUAGGGACCAGGUUAAAAGGACAGCAAAGGGUUCAAUAGAUACAAGAAGUAUUUGGGAGAUGGAAAGUUUCAGUGUGAUGUUGAAGAUGGAAGGCUAAUUGGAGUGGGUUGAAGUCUAAUGUUUUUAUACUAAUGAAGAAAAAAAAAGUUCCCAGUGGACUGGUAUAAAUAGCAACUCUUUCAACAUCUCCUGUCUUCCUUUUUUUAUCACCCUCCAAUUAAGGGAAUGUUCUCUCUUAUUUAGUCAGCUACUGGUUGAGGUUAGAACCUCCCACAAGGAAGCUGAUUAGUCUGUCUCUUUUGAGGGAAGACUUGCGUGAUUGUCAUCAUCUUUUCCCUUUCCCUUCCUCAAGUGAAUUCCAUUUUCUCAACUUCCUCUAUCCCUUGCUCAAAUCUCACAUCCUGACCCCACAAUAUCCCCGAGAAUGGAACAUGUGUCUAUCCUGUUCUCCCAAGCCUUUCAGCCUCAGGAAGCCUUGUAUGGCAUUAGACAAAUUAUUUUUCCACCCAGGCCCCAUUCUUAAUUUGUGCCCUCCCUAGACUUCCCUUUGCUUCUCCAUAAAAAUAAUCACCAACGUAGUGAUAAGCUAGUAGCUGUGCCUCCAAUAGAGAGAAAUUCUAAGAUUUCUAACACAUAUGUAAAAAGGUAAUGCUUCAGUCCUUUCAUGGCAGUGACCAGGCCUCUUACCAUAAACAGCUUACUUACCACAGGCAAGUGAUGAACUUGACCUAAAGCUGGCCUUACUUAGUAAAACUUUAUUACAAACGUAUAGUUCCUAAAAGAAGUGUUCGUAAGAUUAAUCACUGAAUUGUCACACAUCUACCUUAAGGAACAAUGACUGACAGCUGCCAUCACCAGCUCCAACUAAGUUUGGCACUUCAAGGCAUUAAAGCAAAUUCCAGCACUUUUCUCUGCUACACAAGCACCAUUUUAAUGAUAUCCAUAUGACAGUGUCUGGUGUUACAUAAACCAAUGGGUUGGGAACGGAGAUAACCUAAAAAUCUGAGUGAUAAUCUGGCAGUCAGCCAUCAGGUCAUUCUAAUUGCCUAAUUACAAGAUGUUUUAACACACCACAUAUAAACUCCGUUUUACUAAGCUGAGAUCCAAAACCAGAAGGAGAGGACUAACCCACUGCAGGCAUCUUGCAUCUUAUUUAAUUCUCAAAAUAUGCUUGUGAGAUAGGCAUUAUUUUAUAAAUGAAGAACUGAGACCCAGAUCAUUACUGAGGCUCUGUGAACUACCUAAGCUCACGUAGCAGCUAAUAGGUUUUCACAGCAGAAAUUGAGACCUAGGUCUCUAAGCAGCCAAAGCACCACAGUACUACCUCCAAGAAGAAAUAUCUUAAGUUAUGUGAAAUCUGGGUAGGAAAAAAAAUUUGCAGCAUCAGUGUGUGAGAGUAUGUACAGUGUGGAGUCAGAUGACAAGGGAUCAUACCCCCACCUUACUGUUUGUCCUCUGGGCAAUAAUCUCUGCUGAACAAAGCUAGCCUAACAUUUAUUUUACUUGCAUUACGUCUGUUGUAAAAGGAUCUAAUGAGAUAGUUGGCAAGUGUGUUUUAUAAGGUGAAUCAAUGUUUUUUCUUAUUAUAAAGCUUUGUGAAUCCUUAGCCUAGAAUCAUCUAUCAAAAUCCAAUUCUCUGGGAAGACACAAAAAUUCAUUUAGGCUCUAAAUGAUUCCCUUUUACAAUGACAAUGAAAACUGGAACCUACUUAAUGAACUUCCCAAUAGCUGUUUCCCAGCUUUUGCUUCAGGCACGUACACAUCUGCAUACAUAGAAAUUUCAUCCAUUGAAAGCAGCUCAUAUACAGUUUAAAAGAUUGUAAUAGCCAGUUAUAAUUAUCCCUUCUCAUAUAUAUGCAUCAAGGGUUUUCUCAGUGUUGUUUUCAUCAUUAGAAGUAAAAUGUGCAGAGAUUGCUACUAUGUGUGUUAACUUCAUCCAGUGCCUGAAUUAAUUCAUUAAUCAAAUGAUUCCUGGACUCCUAUCAUGUUCCAGACUCUGUGCUAGGUUUUGGGUAUACAGAGCAGAAUAAGACACAGCCUCUGCCCUCAAGGAUCUCACAGUUGUGGGGGAAGAGGCAUAUAAAUAUAGGAGUAAAUCAAAAUGCAGUUGGAAGUGGGCAAAGAUAUUUUAAAUAGGACACAAAAAGCAGUGACCAUAAAGGAAAAAACUGAUAAAUGGGAUUUAAUUAAAAUCAAGAAUUUGUCUUCAUUUUGCAAAAGAUGUCAUUAACAGAGUAAAAAGGCAAACCACAGAUUUUCAUUCAAAACAUGUAUCUGACAAAAGUCUCAUACCUGAAAUUAUAAAGAAACCUACACACCAGUAAGAAAAAGACAGAACCAGUAAAAACUGAGCAAACGACUUGAGCAGGCACUUCUCCAGAAAGGAUUUCCAAAUGGCCAAUAAGUGUAUGAAAAGGUGUUUACUCACCAAGAAAAUACAAAUCACGACAAUGAGAUCCUACUCAACACCGACUGGAAUGCCUAAAAUAAAAAUGUUGGUGAUAAUGUGAAGCAACUGAGACCCACAUACUGUUGGUGGGAGUAUAAAUUGAUAGGACCACUUUGAGUGACUAUGUGACAAUAAGCAGCAGUCCCACUCCUUAUAUUCCCUAGAAAAAUCAGUGCAUAGGUCCCCCAAAAGACAUUGUGUAAGGAUGUUCAUAGCAGCAGCAUUUAUAAUGGGCAAAAAAUUGAAAAUAAUCUGAAUGUCUAUCAAUAGUAGAAUAAGUUGUAAUAUAGUCAAACAAGGGCAUAACAGCCUUAAAAAACGCAUUACAUGGUGGAUGAAUCUUGCAAGUAUAAUAUUGAGUGAAGAAAGCAAGACAUAAAAAUGUGCACACUAUAUGAUCUAAUUACAUGAAAUUCCAUUUACACUAUAUGAUCCAUUUAUACAAAUUACAUAAAAAGAACAGCCAAAAGCUAAAAGGCCCAAAUUCUGCAGUGAGUGAAACAGAUAUGGGCAGCUUAGAAAAAGGGAAAAAGUGUGGCUGCUCAGGAAAGAAGAGGGGAGAAGGUAUUUCUCAUGGGCAGUCCUCUGACUCAUGAAGACAUUUUAGCUCACGAGGCCUUGCCUCCUAGUUCCUUCCUUAGGGUCACAUGAAAAUGAGCAGAGGUUGGGUCAUCAAGAGAGGGCUCUCCAGGAAGAGGAAAGCUCCUUCAAUGGAGGCUCGUGGGCAGUGGGUGGGGGCACGCGCAGCCUUGCCUGGGUGACCUCUACGUAUAUACAGACCCUCCCUGGGCUCUCUGAGAGUCCUGAGCGGGGAGCCUCAGGUCCAGCCCUGCUGGAGUCUCAGCUGAGGCUGCAGGAGCACAGGCCCACUGAAGACGAGCCCUUCCCCAGCUCCUUUCUCUCCCAUCCUGACUCUUACACUGGAUUCAGGACGCUGCCCACUGUCCCUCCCUGUGUGAUGGCAUGCUCGCGUACCUGCUCCCGCAUUCUGGGGCUAAGCCUGGGGACUACAGCCCUGUGUGCUGCUGGGACCAACAUGAUGCUCCUCUUUCCUAACUGGGAUGUGACCUACCUAUUGAGGGGCCUCAUUGGCAGGCAUGCCAUGCUGGGCUCUGGGCUCUGGGGAGGAGGCCUCAUGGUACUCACUGCAGGUCUCCUCAUCUCCUUGAUGGGCUGGAGAUAUGGCUGCUUCAGUAAGAGUGGGCCCUGCCGAAGCAUGCUUACUGCUCUGUUGUCAAGUGGCCUGGCUUUGCUUGGAGCCUUGAUUUGCUUUAUCACUUCUGGAGUAGCCCUGAAAGAUGGUCCUUUUUGCAUGUUCGAUGUUGCAUCCUUCAAUCAGACUCAAGCUUGGAAACACGGGUACCCAUUCAAAGACCUGCCUAACAGGAAUUAUUUGCAUGAUCCUUCACUCUGGAACUCUGUCUGCCUGGAGCCUUCUAAAGCUGUUGUUUGGCACGUGUCCUUCUUCACUGGCCUUCUGUGCAUCAGCCUCCUCCAGAUUCUCCUGGUGGUCAUCUCUUUCAUCAACAGCUUCCUGGGCCUUUUCUGCAGCCUCUGUGAGAAGUGAGAGAUAAUGCCCUUUCAUGCACAGGAGUUUGCAUCAGCAGCUGCUUCAAAUCCUUUCUGCAAGCAGUGCAGUGGGUAUGGAUUAUAAACCAACUUCCCCUUUAGGUAUUCCUUCAGCAAUAAUAACAAUAAUGAUUUCUUGCACAUAUGUUGAAUGAUAUACAUUUAAAAUCACAUUGUGAACUGCAAGAUGAUAUACUUGUAAGAUAAAGGAAUAAUUAAGGCAUUAUUAUCAUGUAGGAACUUACAGUCCAUAAAAUGCCCUCCAGCCAUGGUCUCAUUUCAGCUUCUCAACACCCCAUGAACUUGGCCACAUGUUACAGAUGGAGAAGCUGAGGCUCCUGCAGGAUAAGGGCUUGCUGCCCAAAGGCGCUCAGCUAGGUUAAAAUUAGUUCAUGAGCCCCUGUCUCCUAAAUCAAAGUUCAUCAAUUGUUACAGACUAAUCACAUGCCUCCAGAACUCAUAGGAUAAAGCCCUGACUCCCAAUGUGACUUUAUUUGGAGAUAGAGUCUUUAAGAAGCUAAUCAAGGUUAAAUGAGGUCACAUGGGUAGGACUCUUAUAAGAAGAGGAUGAGACAACAGAUUUCUCUCUCUACACGAGCACAAAGGACAAGUGCAUGUGAGGACAUGGCAGAAGGUGGCCGGCCACGUUUGAGAGAGGCCUCAGUAGAAAGCAAUCUUAUUGGCAUCUUGUCUUGGACUUUCAGCCUCCAGAAAAUAAAUUUGUUGCUGUCCUAU